UUAAUGAAAUUACAUAUAUAUGUUUGCUUUUUAUUUUACUUAGACGCUUCUCCGGAAUUGCUUUAUUGGUUUUCGGAGCAAACACUGCAGCCAGGACCGACUGUAUCAUUGAAAUGUGUAGCAACUGGUAAUCCUUUACCGCAAUUCGCAUGGUCACUGGAUGGGUUUCCGAUACCGGACAACUCAAGAUUCUUGGUCGGCCAGUAUGUAACUAUUCAUGAUGACGUCAUAAGUCAUGUGAACAUAUCAAAUGUAAAGGAGGAGGAUGGUGGCGAGUACGCCUGCACAGCACGAAAUGCAAUCGGAAAGGUGUCGCAUAGUGCCAAAGUGAAUAUCUACGGGCUUCCAUUUAUUCGAGAAAUGCCGAAAAUAACUGGUAUAUCGGGCUCCGACUUAGUUGUGAAAUGUCCAGUUGCUGGCUACCCCAUCGAUAAAAUUCACUGGGAGCGAGAUGGUCAAACGCUGCCAAUUAAUCGCAGACAGCGUGCCUACAACAAUGGUACUCUCAUUAUAGAGCAGCUUCAGCGACUGGAAGACGCGGGCACAUACACAUGCAUGGCACAAAGCAAACAGAAACAAACGUCGCGACGCAAUGUGGAGAUCCAAGUACUAGUACCCCCUAAAAUUAUGCCUAUCCAAGCAAUGACCAAUAUGUUGCGCGAGGGCAUGCGUGCUGCCAUUUCGUGCCAAAUUCUGGAAGGGGAUUUACCAGUGAGUUUUCGCUGGGAACGUAAUAACAAACCAUUAAUCGGAACUGGCAACGAGGUCUUUCGACGAUUGGAUGAAUAUUCUGCAAGCUUGGUCAUUGAACACAUCACUUCCGAACAUUCAGGCAACUAUUCUUGUAUUGCGAGUAACGUCGCCGGGAUGGAGCGUUUCACAGUACCAUUGACAGUAAAUGUUCCUCCCAAAUGGGUACUAGAACCAAAAGAUUCUAGUGCCCAAGCCGGUCAAGAUGUUUGGCUGCAUUGCCAGUCUUCUGGAUAUCCGAAGCCUGCAAUUACAUGGAAAAAAGCUAUUGGACCUACUCCAGGGGAAUACAAAGACUUUUUGUAUGAGCCGACCGUGCAGCUCUUUCCAAAUGGUACAAUAUUCUUUAAGAAGAUCAGCAAGGAGUCGCAGGGCCAUUUUCUUUGCGAGUCAAAAAACAACAUCGGUUCAGGUGUAAGCAAAGUCAUCUUCCUCAAAGUGAAUGGUAAGUGAUGCAUAUUUAAAUGUCAACAUCAUAAAUAUAAUAGUACCAACAUAUUUGGAAAAUUUU